AAAUCUGCAUUUGUGGUUUUGGUGGAUUAGAGUGGGAAGUCGAUCCAAGGUUUGAACUAUGGCGGACGCGGACGCGCUAUUCGCUAUGGAGACGCGGGCCAUCCGCGAGGCACAAUUGGAGACGUACACGAGUAACUUAGGAUCUAUAGCGCUGGUACUAGCGUCAUUGCUGUGGCUGACACUGCCGCCUCUCUGGAGCGUCGUCAACGGCGAAUGGAGCGCAGCCAUCCUGCCCAGUCUACUGGCCAUCGCAGGUCAUGGUGUGUUUGUAUUGUCGGUGCUGCUGGUGUUACGAGUGGCGCAAGUACAGGGGGAGGAGCUGCUUAUUCAAUUUAAUGCUAAGUAUUUGGCACGAGUUAGCAAGCCCGAGGCUGCCCGUACCCCGCUGGAUCGUACUGCGCAAUUGGACGAGGUGAUGAAGCUCAAUUCUUUGCGCGGACGAUUGUCUGGCAAGAAGAACUCGUCGGAUACAAAGGGACAAACACAGGAGGAUCGCUCCUUCUUCGAUCCUGCACCCGUGAAAACCGUGGAGGACGGUAAGGCGUAUCUUCGUCGUCUUCAGAAGGCUCAGAAACAGAAGGAAGCGGAGGAAUCUAUGCAGUCAGCCUCAGCGUAUGGGAUGGAGAACUCGUAUCAGAGCGACGCUUUCGGCAUUUAUGGCAAUGCGUCCAUGGUCCCUCGUGUGUAUCAGGCUUCAGGCUUCGACCCGUACCUUCGUGACGUCAGUAUCGGAGACGAGGAAGAAGACCCAUUGCGCACGUCGUCACUUCCACACAUUGCGUGGCAGCAACUGGAGGAGUGGGGACUUGCCAUGUUCAUGCACUUGUACUGCCGCAACAUCCGUCGCUUGCUUGCCUAUCACGUGAAGGACGUCGUGGAGGCGUUCUUGGAGAAUGCUAACGCUCUCAACGAGUGUGGCGUGAUGGCGGACGUACUGCUGCGUCGUGUACCGUCGCAAGCGCUGCUGUGUCCGCCGGGCCAAACGAACCAGAUGACCAACGUGUCGCUCUCGGAUAUGCUGCAGAACCUCGCGAAAAGUCCGUUGUUUUUCAGCAAGGAGCGAGGCGUGUAUCUCUUCGAGGAACACCAAAGUUUCGAGAAAUACCUGAAUGUCGGUGAUCCCAGCAGCACGGACUAUUCCUCGCUCGAGCGUCAACAAUAUGUGUUAGAGCGACUUAUCAUGUUGUCCAAGGAUCGAAGUCUUGAUCGGUUCCGAUGGAACAAGGGAUCAGCUUGGAAAGGCAAAGAGUGGACGGAGAACUUGCCUACAGAUGCUGAGAUUUUGAUAAACACGUUCUGCUGCAUGAUGGACAACAUGCUACCUGCAGACAAUGAACGCGACCGCCCAUUCUGGAAGUCCUACUACUUCAGCAAGGGCCCGAACCGGCCGUUCACCCCACGAGUGCGCAGCCGACUUUUCCUAGUGCAGACAGUGGGGCGCCCACCUCAUUUUAAGGCGCUGGUGAAGGGUGCAGUUCGCGAGAUCGUCCCGGGCGAGGAGAACUGUUUCCACGCAAUCGUUGUCUAUCUUCACGCCGUGAAGAAGAUGAAAGCUGGCUACUUGGAGAGCAUCAAUCUGCACCGGAUCAUCGAGCAAGUCUUUGACGUUUCCAAGUAACUCACAUCAGCAAUAAACGCAGCUUAGUAAGUUGCAUCGCACUUUGCUGCUUGUACCUGUUAUCCAACUUUGUCAUGCGUGUUUUACCUGCACCUCACCGGACAGGAACGUUCUUGGUGCAGUCCUUUUCAUGAGCUUUGAGGUUCUCUCGGGUUUUGAAGGUUUUCUGGCGUGUCGCUGGGCAAUACGAACACGCGUAUGGUCGCUCGUUCUGAUGCCGCCGUUGCCAAUGUCGCUUCAAAGUCUGCAAGUUUCUCAAACUCCGACCUGUGGAUUCCGCAUACUCGCACUCUUCCUCAGGACAAUGUUUGGGUCCUACAGGAAGUGGAGCCUGCUCUCCUGUCACCUCCGUCAUGGAUCUUUCUGGAUGCUGCUUACCGUGAAAUGUGAGCUGAUAGAAGUUGGCAAAGCGGUUGUGGCAGAUGCAGCACUCAAACGGCUUGAACCCAUCUCGAAGCAUUUCAACUGGAGCAGUCAACGCCGGUGCAACACUCACAGCACUUAUAGUACUCACAGGCACUUCAGUUGGUGGACACGUUCCAGCUGCGUCAAUAGAAGCUUGGCCACGCAGUCGCAAUACCUCUGCCUUUAACUGCUCGAUCUGAUCCUGCUGUGCUCGAAUCGUGGCUUGAAGGUAUCUGUUCUCAUCCGCCGGUACUUCACCAGUAUGGGACGAAUCUCCGCGGAUUAUCUGACGAAUAUUGUUUGGAUCCUCUUCAGCAUUCAGCGAUCGAUCAAUCACAGUUCUAACUGUUCCAGAAGGCGACAAUGAGGUGAGCGCUGCUGCUGCACGGUGAGCGGCAUGGACCUUCAGGUGAGCCAUCAAGAGCUCACGGACGCGAAAAUGCUUCCCGCAUUCUUGACAUACGAACGGUGUCGCUUGUGUACCCUGGGCUUGCACCGCAUUAGCGUCAGCGUCGACGUGUACAUUUGGAGGGAAGGCGAUCUGCGGGACGUGGGUGGAUCGGUGGAAGCGCAUCGCAGCACGGGACGAAUAACGUUUACUGCAGCCCGGGACACCACACACGUAAGGUUUCUCACCAGUAUGGACACGAAUGUGCUCCUGUAACGUAGACGCUCUGGCAAAUAGUUUGUUGCAGGU